AUGACUUCUAAGGGCAAAGAACUGUACAAUACAAUAAAACGAUCUUUGACAUUAACAUCGCCACCAUUUGGUGCUGGUACCUCAUCAUCCGGAAUCCUGUCGAAUGGUGCUAGAUAUUCUGGCGGUGCUACCAGCAGCAAGCAGUGGAUUCAUCCUCCAGAUAUUUUAAUUAAUGGUCGAGUUGAAUAUUCGCUAAAAUUAUUGGGUGUAACAGAAGUGAACGAACCGAAAGGUACUCCUGUUAUUCGAGAUGCAAUUUGUGCGAUACGUUUUCAGUUACAGGUGAACAAAGGCAUCACGGGACAUUCAGGUUCAAAGCUGAAGAAAGUUGACAUUCAUAUUAACGUUGAUGGUUUAACUGUUAUUGAUACCAAAACAAAAAUGGUGCUCCAUAAAUUCCCGUUACAUAAGAUAUCAUUUUGCGCUGACGAUAAACAGGAUAAACGUGUCUUUUCGUUUAUAGCAAAGGAUGACUCCUCACCUCGGCAUAAAUGCUUUGUUUUUUUAAGUGAUAAGCUUGCAGAACAAAUAACUCUUACUGUUGGAGAGGCAUUUGAUCUUGCGUAUCAAAAGUUUGUGGAAAAAAACGGCAGAGAUUUGGAAAACAGGAAGCAAGUGAUUGUGUUAAGGAAAAGAAUUGCAGAACUUGAGAGUGAGAAUAAUGAGUUGAAAGAGAAACUUGCCGUAGCACUUCGCCAAACAAGUAAUAAUUACGAUUCGAAAGCGCCUUCUUUACCAACGUCUCCCGUACCAAGCCAACCACCAAACCUUUUGACAACUGCUCCUGUUCCAUCGUAUUCAGCACCUACUGCUGCAACAACCGGAUUAGUACCUCCUGGUCAGCUUCCAUUUCUUCAACCUCCCCCAUCCUGCCCGAAAAGAAGUCAUAACUGUUCAUCGAGCAAUAUGGCAAUCAUGGAAGACUUGAGCAAUAAUGCGCCUGAUGUUGGGAAGAAGCUAGAAAACCUUUGUUUGGAUAAAUUUGAAGACAUAUUCGAUAACGAAUUUGAUCCAAGAGCUGAUGAAAAGAAAAAGGCGGAGGAGCUGAAAGGAAAAGACCAGUUUGGUCUUGAUCCAUUUGGUGAUGCAAUUUUAGACGAAAUGCUUACACCUCUGGAACCACAGAUCAGUUUUAAAAAUAUAGCUAGCAAUCUUACAACUGAUUCUGCUUUACAGAAAACACAAGCUAAUGGUGUAGAAAAACCUGCAGGAGCUGAACUCACAUCUCAUGAACCAACAGCCGAGCAGUUUGAACAGAUGCUUUCUAUAGUGCGAGUAGACAGGCGACUUGCGGAAAUGAGAGAUGGAUUUGGAGGUGGCCAUUUGGCGGUUGGAGAUACUGGAGACUCUGCACGAGACUUACAACAUAUUUACGGUGUCCCUUCCAAUCAGAGUCUUAAUAGCAGUCCAGGGUCCAAAGGCCCUAAUUCUCAACCAGACGGUUCCCCAAUGCCAAAGUCUUAA